AAAUAUUCAUCUCUUCUUAGUAGAGAGUAAAAGAACUAAAGAUGGCAGAGACCCUUCGAUUGGCUGUUGCUGUUCUUGGCAAUGCUGCCUCAGUUUCACUUUAUGCUGCACCAAUGGUUACCUUUAAAAGAGUUAUAAGGAAGAAAAGCACAGAGGAGUUUUCAUGCAUUCCUUACAUCAUUGGACUCUUGAACUGUCUCCUUUUCACUUGGUAUGGAUUGCCUGUUGUAAGCUACAAGUGGGAAAAUUUCCCUCUUGUCACAGUUAAUGGAGUUGGGAUAGUUCUUGAGUUAUCCUAUGUUCUCAUUUAUUUCUGGUAUGCUUCCCCCAAAGGAAAGGUGAAGGUAGCCAUGACUACGGUACCAGUUCUGCUUGUGUUCUGCAUAACCGCUGUAGUCUCAGCUUUUGCCUUCCAUGAUAAUCGUCAGCGAAAGUUACUCGUAGGUAGCUUUGGCUUGGGUGUUUCAGUAGCAAUGUAUGCUUCUCCCCUGGUUGUAAUGAAGAAGGUUAUGCAAACUAAGAGUGUGGAAUUCAUGCCACUACCAUUAUCGACGUGCUCGUUCUUAGCUAGUAUGCUCUGGCUGACUUAUGGAAUCCUCAUUCGUGAUAUAUUCGUUGCGGGUCCAAGUGUAAUUGGUGUUCCCUUAGCCAUCUUGCAGCUUGUACUUCAUUGUAAAUACCGGAAAGGGAGUGUUGUGGAAGAAGCAAGCAAGGGGGACCUGGAGAUGGAGAAGGGUAACUUAGAGAAGGUGGACUUGGAAAUAGGGAAUGUAGAAAAGAAUGUCACUAACCAAAUGAAUGGAAACUCGUGAACAAUGAGUCCGUGGGGAAAGAUUCAAGAUUUCAGAAAGUUCUAAUCGGAUUCCUUCUUUAAUGUUUUAUUUCCUUUAUUUAAAAAAAAAUGGUCCCCUUAACUUCGGAUGUAUUAUUAUUCACAUCAAAUUAAGUUAUACUUUCUAAUAAAUGGUUUCUUUUAUUG